UUCAACUGGAAACAGGUUGUUCCGGAAACGUGAAUGUUGUGAAGUUCCACAACAGCUACAUGAACCUUAACAUUGGCCCUAAGAUGACCGAGCCCAACAACCCUCGGAAACGCCCCCGCUCACCAUCGUGCAGUUCCGACGAGGACGAAGACUCAGCUCCGCACCCCUACCCACCAGAAAUUUGGGAGGCAAUCUUCCACCACCUGACCGGCCUCCAGCUGCUACGGAUGCGUCUCGUAUGUCGCCGCUGGCGCGACAUCGUCACCUCAUGCCCUCCCUUGAUGGCCCAAUUCAAAAUCGUGUUGGAGAACAUGGACCUGGUUGACGAAGACGGCGACCACUGGGACAACGAUGCAAGCAUCGAUCGGAACUUUGACGCGAGCUGCCUCCUUCCGGUGACGACGGUGGGAUUCCGGGACUAUUGCAUCUACGACGCGAUUGAUGCGUGGUGGGUUUGGUUCGGUUUGAAGUUGACGCACAUUACGAUGUUCCGGUGCCAGCUGGAGUUGGCGGUGCUGUUUUCGAUGCUGAGGCAGUCACCGGCUCUGCGAAGUUUGAACUUGUGCGGAACGUGGCUGUUGGAAGGCGCGGAGCUCAACUUCCGGUUGGACGGGGUGGAAGAGGUUUCGCUGGAGCACGUUCGCUACGAUGGCGAGGGUGAGCGGAUUAAUUUGUUGGACGUUUUGGGGGAGAUUUGCCCGCGGUUGAAACGGCUGCGGAUUCGAGCGAUUAAACGUCCGCUGAACGUUGGUGGCCUGAUGAGGACGGUGCGAGCUUUGGCCGGGACAUUGGAAGGGUUCGAACUGGAUGAGCCUGCGGCAGUGGACGUUCUGCGUGAUUUGUCUAUGUUGCGGCUGAGGAGCGUUUCGAUUCACGUUGGUCCGGAAUUUGUUCGGCAUUCCAUGGCCAGGUUCUUUCGAGUGCAGCCGCUGAUUGAAGAGCUGGUCGUUUACGCGAAGGACAUGCAGAACGAACAGGUCCUGGCCGACAUUGGGCGGGCUGUGCCGAAGUUGAGACGGCUUACGGUACGGGACGUCCCAGGAAUUAGUGCUGAUUUCCUGAACUUGAUGCCAAACUUGGAAUGCCUAAAGGUGGUUGGUUCAAACUUGUACGCUGGUACAGUCGCUAUGGCCAAUAGCGGCAAUCCGCGUCUUAAGGAACUUUGCAUUAAACAUUGCUCCAUUACUGGAUUUAUGAAGUAUCUUGACCGUUCUCCGCAAAUCCGUUCCGUGGUGUUGGGUGAUUCCUACCUGGAAGACGUUGAGGAAGUGCCCAGCGAAGCAGGUCCCAAUGCCCAGCUUAGAUCGUUGGAGGCUUCCCAUUGCAGCAGCGUUUCACCAAAAAUGCUGGAGUUUCUGUACCAGCAUUAUCCCAUGAUCGAGCAUGUAACCUUGGGAUUUGAUCAUUUGUACAACGAUGAGGUAGUUCUGAUGACCUGCGAACGUUUGAAAUAUCUACGAAAAUUAACCCUGGAAUGCAGCCAGGCAACUGAGGACUGCUUCAAGCACAUCAUCGACCAUGGACACUCGCUGGAGGAGCUCAAAAUGACCUUCAACUGGCUUUCGGACGAGGCCAUCGAGGAGCUUGGUUCCACCAGGAACAUCAGGAUCAUCAAUUCAAACUUCUAGCCAGGAUGUCAUCUCAUUGUUGGAGGUGUCAAAAAGUCAAAAACCAAGCUACAGCUUACACAUUAAAGGAUUCUUUCAUUU